AUGUUGAAGAAGGAAAUGAAACAAGAUGAAUACCGAGAAGAGGAUGAUAACUGUAAAGAUGAAGAAUAUGAUGAAUAUGGAGAAUAUGAAGAUGACGAGGAGGAAUAUUCAACCACAGAUGACGACAAUGAAGAAGAAGACGAAGAGGAACAUUCAUCCUCGAAUCAUCCCACUUCACAAAAGUUUGCCAUUCCAUCUCUGUUUAGUCUUGUAAGAGGAAAAAACAAGAGUAGUAACAAUACUACUUCUCAAACCACUUCUCAUACGAAUCAACUUGAUCAAUCAAGUGCAUCACACUCAAAAAAGAAUGACAAUAACAAUUCUAAGGGAGCAAUGUCAAAUUUGACAAGUAAUAACCUCACAAACAGCAAUAAGGAAAUUCAUCCAUCCACUACUACUGCUGCUGCCAUUGUCAACAAUCAUGCAAGCGCUUCUGUUCGGUCCAACACUGCUCCUUCUACCUCAAAACUUGAUGAACAUUCGGAAAUUUCAAACACUUCAAAAUCGUCAAACUUGGCUACAAAUAACAAUGUUACAACCAAUCUACCACCAUCAUCUUCACAACUACCAACAAUUUUACGAACUUCAAUGAUACCAGUUUCUUCAACACAACAGCAGAAUGUGGCUCAGAAUACAGCAGCCUCUGAACCACAGCAACAACCACAGCACCAUACACCAGCUGCACACCCUUCUGAACCUCAAAAAACCAUGUUUCAAGAAAACAUUUCACAAUUUCGUCGUUCCACCAAUCACUCUUCAAGUUACAGUACCACUUCCUCACUUUCCAGUAUUGACGACUAUGUCAUUAAUUCCAUGGUUGGAACCAAUCAUUCGAACAGAAAUGUCUUGAAACAAGCAGCAAAAACUAUACCACAGAAAGGAAAUACACCAUCCCCAUUGUUUGUUUCGAAUCUUUCAUCAAGUUAUGAGUAUUCAAUGAAAUUGAUGGAAUUGGAAAGACAACAAUCGAAUAAUCCAAUUAAGAGAAUUAUGAAUAUGAAAUAUGGAGAAUAUUCUUUGAGUGAUGACGAAGAUGAAGAGACUAGUGACGAAGAUUCAAUAUAUGGAAAAGGUCAUGGCGUGUCAGCAGCAGAUGAUAAAGUGUAUCGUGUAGCUGAGAGUCAUCAAUCAAGAUACAUUCCAAGUGAUGAUGAAUCAUUGAUGUUUGAUGAAGAAGCUGACGAUGAUGAUUUUGAUUUUUAA